GUGGAAGUGAAGGAGCCCUACAAGUUAAUUGUGACCAAUUUGAAAACUAAGCUAAAACUCUCUUAGGACGUAAGGUAAUACAGAGUUUAUUCAAGAUGAAAAACGCGUCAUUAUUAUUUGUGAAAUUUCACCUGAAAGUUUCCUCGUUAAUCGUGAGAGGAAAGUAGAUUUAUGACAGGUAAAUGAAAGUAUUUGUUUUUGUCCUGCGGUUGCCAUAGUAAUUGGUUGAUUGGUUGCACAAAAGUGAGCGAAUUGUCACUGAAACUUCAACAAACAAGUUUGUCAGUGGCAACUCUUACCUUGACACUGUUCCCGUGGUCAAUAUUGAGAGGAUUUCGAGCCCUUUCCGGCGUCGUAUUGAUUAUUUUCCUGCAUUUUCCUCUUCCUCCUCGCCUGCGGCCGCUGGCUUCACGUGGAACUUGAAAAUGUUUGUGUUGAUUGCAAAACUCAUCAACAAAACAUAACACUCUCUUCGGCCAUGUCCUCGCUGCUCCUGCUAUGGGAAACCACUGUUGCCAGGAAAGUCAAUUAAACAGACGAAGGCUGGCGCUGCUUCUUGUGGGGCUGGACAAUGCAGGCAAAACGGUAGCCGCUAAAGGCCUGGCUGGGGAGCCCAUAGACUGCCCCAUACCCACCAUAGGGUUUUCCGUGAUCGAACUGAAGCAUUUGCAGUAUGAUGUGAAGAUUUUCGACUUGGGCGGAAGCAGCAACAUCAGGGCCAUUUGGUGCAAGUACUUUGUCGAUGUGCAUGGCGUGAUAUUUGUGGUGGAUUCAUGCGAUGAAACGCGCUUUCAUGAGGCCCGUGGCGUUCUAGAAGAAAUUCUGAGCAGCGACAAGAUCAGCGGAAAGCCGCUGCUGAUCCUGGCCAAUAAGCAGGAUCAGGAGGCGGCCUUGGAUGAGAUCGACCUGAUCGAGUGCCUGCAUAUUGAAGAGCUAGUCAACCGCUACGAGUGCCCCGCUUUGGUUCAGAGCUGCUGCGCCAACUACAACAAAAUCGACCCAGGAAUCAAGCAGGGCUACGAAUGGAUUGUCAACUACGUGGACAACAACUACGAGCUGCUUAACAGGCGCGUGCAACUCGACAUCGUCGAGCAGGAGAUCAAGGAGAAGCAGGAGAUGUUGGAGCGGUUGAGACGCAUCAAGUUGGAGCGCGAAUCGCGCCUCGGUAGCGUCGACCCCAACGCAAUCCAGACCUUUUCCGAGUACGCCUCCCAAAUGAACGGCGACGCCGUAAAAGACGCCAACGACCUGCAGAUGGCCGACUUUUACCCGAACCCAGAAGAACCCAAAGCGAGCGACCACAGCACCUCCAGUUCCAUUACGUUCCCGGAGGUUUACUACGUUAACAGCUUCGGUGCGGAGCGGGAGCGUCCUCAAAGCGCUGUCCAGAUCGUAAAGCGUCAGCUCCAGAUGGGCGCCGAGUUGAGGAGGGCGCAAAGCGCCAAAACCCGCCGGAACAAAACGGCGCCCGCCGAUCCGAUGCUAAACCGCGAGUUUAUUCCCAGACGACCGUCCAGGAGCCACGCUUUUACUAUUAGCCAACCAGACAUGGGGCCUGGCGGCGAUUGUUAUCCUCCAGCGGUUUACCAUGGGGAAGUAGAGGCACGAUUUGAGCUGAAGAAGUUGAAUGUGAAGCACCCCGCGCGGUUCAGUGGCGAGGAUGGCCAGAACGGCAUGUGCGUUGUGAAUGUGGAGUGAGGUACUGAUUUAGUGUUUAGUGAUUUUAUAUUUUUGUAAACGUUGAAGGGGGUUUACUAAAAAAAAUUGCACGAA